UUUACUCCAUGUUGUUCCAUUACCAAAACUACUGAAGAUUUUAAAUAAGAAGUUUUUUGUUUCAUAGCUAUGGAUACACUUCCAGUUGUUCUGUCCUUAUAUUUGUAUAUACCGUUGAUUAUAAACUUGUUGUGUCAUUUUACACACACAAAUAAAAGAACAAAUUAAAAAAAAAAUCUUAUGUCAUUUCUGUGACAGGGGGUUUAAUCAAUGGUUUGUGGUUUAUUUGUGGAAUCUAAAGAAAAGAGAAAAAUGUGAUAGAAGAUUACUAUCAAGGAGAACAUGUCACAAUCUCAAAGCAAAACCUAAUAUUUCUCUGAAAUUUGUAGAGAAGUAUGAAUUGUUCUAUGUACACACUUGAUUCAAUGAGUUUUCUGACUUGGACUCACAUAGAGUUGCAUGUUUCACAAAACAUAAUUUACUCCUGCAAAUGUGAUGUUUUUGAUAUAGAAAGCUUUUGGCAAGAAGUAUAUCUAUGAAAUGUUUGUCAGGUUUCCUCAUCUUUUACACACGCACACAGACACAGAGAGAGAGAGAGAGAGAGAGAGAGAGAGAGAGAGAGAGAGAUCUAUGUACUUCUUCUAAUAAAAAUCUGUAGUGGAUAGUUUGGAUUUUUUUCUAUGAAAAAUUGUAGUCAAACUGUUAAUUCAAAGUCAAAUAUCCUUAUCUAUAUCAAGAGCCAGCAUACUGAUUCAAUCUUCAGACCAUGGAAAUCCUCCACCGUAGUGCACUAUAAGUGCUUCAGUCGAAGAAUAAAGACAAGGUUGAGCUUUGCAUUUGAAAGAUAAUCUAAGAUGAUAUAGGAAUUUUUUAUAAAAUAAUAAUAUACAGUCAAAUUAUCAUAGUCAUACUGCUUUGGUGCAAAGUUUCUUCCUGCACACGAUGCUAUACUUCCAUCUCUAUCAUUACCAACUUAAGAUGAUGAAUUGUCAAAUGUUUCACACCUGAACAUGACAAGCUUGAGUUCACUUGUGUCAGAAAGUCUGUGGAUUUGUGAAGGCUGGCUAUAUAGAUACCAGUUAAACCUCCAUCUCUCAAGUCCUACAAAAUAGUUCGGAAGAGAUGGCCUGCACUAGACUCCCUGUGGUAAUGCUUCUCCUACUCACUGGCACAGUCUUGUUUGGGGAGCUGCAAAGCAGCAUUGGAGCUGUGCUCUGCCCUCAAUAUUGCCUUGAUGUUGACUAUAUGACCUGCACAUCUUCUGGCAACAAGAAGCUGCCUUCAAAGUGCAACUGCUGCCUUGCUCCCAAGGGCUGCACCCUUCACCUCUCUGAUGGGACUGAAUUGCACUGCUCGUGAGAUGGCCUUUACUAGCUUAUGCAUGACACCAGUUCAACUUUUUUAUGUAAGGGAUGAACUACAGAUCUUAUGCUAUGAUCAUCGUUCAAUACACACCAGUUUAGGGGUGUAGAAAUGUUUCUUUGUUAUGUACCCCUUGUGGCCUUAUAUAAAGCUUUCCUUUUCUUCUUCCUUUUCUAAA